GCUAUCGGUGUUAGCGCGUGAUUAAGUUAACUGAUACUGAGCACGGCUCACGCGCUAUUAUAGCGGUAGCUCAUGCCAUAAGCACAACAUCUCUAAUGCAGUAAAAAACGAUUUCUACCGUACUUCCCGUUCCAUAAUGUAGUAUACCACUAAACACUAGCAGUAUGUCAUAGUUAACUGAAAUCAUGCCGUUUUUUACCUGUGGAUUAUUAGCGAAUCGUGGAUCAUUAGCGAUUAUUGUUGUUCUUUGCAGCUUUGCCAUCAGCAGUGGAUUCCGUUUGCUGGAUGAAUAUUGCGGCGACACCUUGUCCCUGUCGUCCUGCUUCGUGAACGAUUCCGUCUUGAUCGACGAUAGCCGUCAACUGUCCUUCUUCAACCUGUCCGCUUUUCAGCGUUGCGCCGUUAUCGUGGAGCUGAAUGCCUGUGAUGAUACGCCAGCGGCUUUGUAUUUCAAUAUCCAGGAAGCCGAGCUAGCGCCCGGCGCUUCUGUGGAAAUCUGGCAGUUGGACCCCGUGCCCAGCGCCCGCGUCCUUCUGAAACGGAUCCCCGGCGGCCGCAGCUCGGGGAACGCCAGUCCGCGCUCGGUCGACCAAAUCCUGACCAGCAUGACCAGCCGCCCGCGGGUCCUGCUGGUGUAUCAAACGGCGGAGUACCGACCAAAGUACCACGUUACCUUUACGUGGAGCGCUGUUUACAACGACACAUUCAGCCACGACGGGCCAACGUUGGCUUUCUGUCCAGCACUGGACGGGUACGUCGAUCGGGAUUUAUUGUGCGGUCAGAUGGAGAUCGUCGUCUGUCCCACUCAGUUCGUUGCCGACGUUAGCGCACCAAAUCCGGUUAAGGCGAUGGAUUUACGCGAGUGUGAAGACAAAAAUGAAAUGCAGGUUAUUUUCGAAGAACGCUUUCGUACCACAACGCUCAACGCUUCAAAGUGGAACGUUGCCGAUUACUUGGAUGACUGGGAUUCGGUGUACGUCGCACCCGAAAACGCGCAAAUUAUUAACGGACGCCUAACGCUUCCUAUCCAAAUUAACGAUGGGAAAGUAACGGUCGGUCGACUCAACAGAACCGGCAAAAUUCGCUUUCGCUACGGUGAUGUUGAAUUCCGCGCGAAACUCCCGCGUUCACCGCAGCUCAGAACAUGGAGUUCGUUCGGUCUGGGUCGCGCGGAUUGUGACGCGAACUGCGAAGAAAAUAUCGAAAUUCUAAACGCCCGAAACGACUUCCCCAGCCGCGCAGUCGUGAAUGUUUUACUCCCGUUGCUCAGGAAGCCGUUUACCGAGGUGUUCAGCCCCGACAACGAAUGGACGGACGAUUUUCACGAGUACCGAUUAUCGUGGACAGAGAAAGCGGUGACAUGGUACGUAGAUCGAAAAAUGGUCAGCCGUGCGGCGUUCGCCGACAAACUGUACUUUCCGCGGGACUUCGCUGAGCUGGCGUUCUACACGAGCGCCGUCAACCAAACCGAUUCGAACGCCGCGGAAUUACUGAUCGACUACCUCGUGGCGCCACUGCGUACACGCGAUGCCGUCAAAAUUCCUCCCGUACUAUCGACAUCGACAAGCGUUCCUGCGUGGGUGUGGACAUCGGCCGCCGGGUGUCUCGGGUUCGUCGGGCUCGUAACGGUGAUUGUGGGAAUGGUGUGCCUAGUGAAGCGCAGACGGUCCGCCCGCAUUAACCGACUGAUAUUUUCUACGGCUCUCGUUCCGGAAAAUGUGAAGGUUGUGUAUGAAAAUACGGUGUGUGGGAAAUCUGUAUAGUGAAAUAAAUGUAUGUAGUAUACCCCAACUGAUACUGAAGCCAGAUGCGUACUGAAACGGAUCACGUGUUCCGACUAGUGAAAUUUCAUAUGAUUAAUUUACAGUGCGAUCGCUUCCGUCUCUUUUUACACCACUUCUUUCAGCUAAUAUCUUAUACCGUAAUUAUCGAAUUUGUGGCCCUGGGGUGCAAAUAGUUCGAAUGCCAU